AUGGCGACCACAAACUCAAUCCUCGCCUUGAUCGGCUACUACCUACCCGGCGGCAUUCUCAUCGGCUGGACGACAAUCUCCGGCCUACAAGCCUCGAAUGUUGCAGGUAGCACCAAGAAAAUCACCGUGGCGUGUGUAGGCCCCAUCGUCUACACUAUCGGCAACAUCAUCUCGUCGCAGACGUUCCAGGCGAAGGAUGCGCCGAAGUACUUGCCUGCCAAAAUCUCGAUUGUGAUCUUGUACCUUCUUAUCAUGAUUGAUUUCCUUGUUAUGCGAUGGGUCUUUGUACAGAGGAGCAAGUUGCGAGAUCAAGCGAGGAGCGAGUUGGGUGAGGCGUGUAAGGUUGGGGAGAAUCAUGAGUCUCUGGAUCAGACGGAUCUUGAAAAUAGGGAACUUCGGUAUGCGCUGUGGCAUGCUAUCUCUUCUACAGACCCUCGGGUGCUGCUUGUACGAGUGUUGCUGUACUGCAUAAACAUUCUUAGUGCCUCAGGUCCCAUUGAUGACGCAACAACCGGAUGCAAGCUUAAGGCGAAGCGCCUGAGAAGAUGGUAUGUGAAAUCGAGCUGA